AUGGGCUCGGUCAGUGAGGUUCAGAGUCCAGGCUCCGGCAAACGCCGCAUAUUUCUCAAUGGAUUCGACAUGUUUACUGUUGGGCAUCUCUCGUUUGGUCAAUGGCGAAACCCCAAGGAUCGUGCCAAAACUAAACGAAGGGAUCUUUCCUACUGGACGAAUCUCGCCCAGUUGCUUGAAAGGGGAGACUUCAACGCCCUGUUCCUGGCCGACGGCUACGGACAGUAUGAUGUGUACAAGAACUCCAGUGAGCCUGGGAUUCGCACUGCUGCCCAGUUUCCCAUGGGCGACCCUGCCGUCCCCAUCACCGCCAUGGCUUUAGUGACGAAGAACUUGGGAUUCGCAAUCACCACGUCCACGUCGUAUGAAGCCCCUUACACGGUCGCCAAGCGGUUUUCGACGCUUGAUCAUCUGACUCAAGGCCGGAUUGGAUGGAACAUUGUCACGUCAUUCAAGGAGUCCGGGUCCAAAGCCUUGGGCACGACGCCGGUCGAGCAUGACAAGCGUUACGAGGUCGCCGACGAAUAUGUGCGUGUCCUGUACAAGCUGUGGGAGGGAUCGUGGGCGGAUGACGCCUUGCGGGAAGAUGCCGAGCACGAGAUCUACGCCGACCCAGCGCGGAUCAAAACCGUGCACCACAGCGGACAAUACUUCAAAGUCGAGGGGCCACACAUCUUGGAUCCCAGCCCCCAGCGAACGCCCUUCCUCUUCCAGGCCGGAACAUCCCCGGCAGGCAUUCAGUUUGGUGCCACUCACAGCGAAGGCAUCUUUGUGUCGGCCUUGUCGCCCAACAUUUUGGCGCCUCGGGUCAAGGCCAUUCGGGCAAAAGCGGCGGAGGUUGGGAGGGAUCCGAGGUCUCUCAAAAUCUUCGCCGUCGUCACCCCCAUCAUUGGCCGCACCAAGGAGGAAGCGCAAGCCAAGUACCAGGAGGCUCUGAAAUAUGCCAGUGUCGAGGGCGGGCUGGCCUUUUACUCUGGAAAUUCCGGCAUCGACCUGAGCAAGUACGACUUGGACGUGGAGCUGUCCACCUCAGAUGUCUCUACCGACCAUCGGGUGCGCUCUCUGGUGGCAAGCUUGUCGUACCACGGCGACGAUCUGCCUCCCUGGACGCCGCGAAACAUUGGAAGACAAGUUUCAUUGGGCGGCAACGGGCCUGUCCCGGUUGGCACGGCGGAGGAGGUUGCCGACGUCCUGGAGCACUGGGCCGACACGGCGGACUUGGAUGGGUUCAAUGUUGGGUACAUCACCACUCCGGGCACGUUCGAAGACGUGGUGGAGCUGCUGGUACCUGAACUCCGCAGACGAGGUCGCUAUGGACCGGUGGGUGAGUCGGGGACGUUGAGGGAGAGGAUUUAUGGCAAGGGUCAGUCCCGGCUGAGGGAAGAUCACGUCGGCAGUCAGUACCGGUACGACCGAUAUGACGGAAACUAG